AUGAUCGCAAAGCAGAAAAUAAAAAUAUUAAUUGGUGUGAUAAUUGUGAUAGCCACAUAUCAUUUCAUCGUCUCUUCAACCGCCAGAAGCAAAGGCUCGACUGGUUUAGUGGAUUUUGGUUCAUCGGAAAAGUCAACUACUGAAGAAGAACGUCCAAACAAUAAUAUAGUCUCCAAUAACAGACUCGAUAAUCCUCCUGACGAGGAUAUUCCUCAUGCUGAACCUGAUUCCCAACCUAAAGAACCGUCCAAAAGUACAAAGAAGGCCGACUAUAGUAUAUUUUUCGAAGGUUUAGAAAAAUUUGCAAUUAAACAACCUGGAAUUAAAGAUAAAUACAAAACAGGCAAGGCUGAAGAGAAGUUCUCGACUGAUGAUAACUUUUUGUUUGACAAGGAAUAUUUGGAAAACGUUUUGGAUAUCCCACAAGCGACUUUCGAAGAAUUAAAGGAUAGUCAUAAGAGAUAUGUCACUGAACAUAUUCCCAAAAUGCUUCAACGUGUGAAAACAUUUGGUAGUUUAACACCAUCCGACAAAGAGUGGGAAUCAUAUAAAGGCUCCUCUGGUUACAUAAUCGUUGGGGGUGGAAAGUUUACUUGGCUAUCAUUUUUGGUUAUUAAGCAAUUAAGAGCCACAGGUGCUAUAUUGCCUGUUGAAAUGUUCAUUGCUACUGAAAGCGACUACGAAGAAGAAUUUUGUGAAAAAAUAUUGCCAAAAUAUAAUGCAAGAUGUAAUGUGUUUGACUACAAAUUGGCAGAUAAUUUGAAAAAGCGCUUCGAUAUUGGCGGAUAUCAAUAUAAAAUGUUAGCUUUGCUCAGCUCCAAGUUUGAAAAUGUCUUGUAUUUGGAUUCGGACAAUUUCCCAACUAGAAAUGUUGACUACUUGUUUAACAGCGAUUUAUAUAAGGAAAAUAACCUCCUUUUAUGGCCAGACGCAUGGGCUAGAACCACAAACCCCAAAUACUAUGAAAUCGCUGGUAUUCCGAUUAAAGAAAACAAAGUGAGAUACUCAAGGUAUGACGAAAAACGAGCUGGUGGUAAGGACAAACUUAAGCCAUUGUCAGAAUACACAUUCAAAGAUUCUUGGUAUCAUGAUUUUGAGGGUACGCUCCCUGAUCCUACUUCAGAAACUGGGAUGUUUAUGGUCAAUAAAAGCAGUCAUUUAAAGACUUUAUUGCUUUGUUUAUACUACAACGUUUUUGGACCACAAUACUAUUACCCAUUGUUAACACAAGGAUCCGCUGGAGAGGGGGAUAAAGAAACAUUUAUUGCUGCUGCCCAUGUCAUGAAAGAGCCAUGGUACCAAUGUGCUCGUCAGUUUAAAUGGACUGGGUAUGUAUCUAAAGUGGACAACAAGUUUACUUCUAAAGCGUUGGCUCAUUAUGACCCUGUUCAAGCUCAAGAUACCUCCAGAACAGAUGUUGAUAUAAUCUUUAUGCACCUUUCCUAUCCAAAGUUUUACCCUACCUGGUUGGUUGAUAACCAUAAUCUUGUAUAUGCUGAUUCCGAUGAGCAUAUAAGAAUGUACAGUUCAAUUAAUAAGAAUGUUGGGUAUGACUUUGAUUUGAGAGUAUUGCAAUUUUUCACUCAAGGAUUAUGUCCUAACUAUUAUGAUUCCAAGACAGGAAAACCUAUUGAAGACAUUCCUGAUAUCGAUUAUACUAAAGAUUAUAUGGGCAACUAUUUGUUGUAUGUUAAAGACGAGGAACAGAAUAAUAUUGAAAGAUGUAACAAAGUCUUUAUACCUCAUUUGAAAUGGUUGAAGGAAACUGCCGAAAUUCCUACAGUGGUUUCAUAG